GUGGUAUUGCAUUAAGAAUGCGAACCUGGAUUUAUUGAGCAUAAAAGAGUGAGUUUAUUGGUGGAUAACUAUGGACAGGGGCGGACUGACAACUCAUGGGGCCCCCAGGCAAUAGGGGAUCAUGGGACCCCGUGUCCUUGCCCAAACUCAAAAAAGCCUAUGAAGAAGGUACCAGGGGCAUCUCAUGGGGUCCCCUACUGACCCCAGGCCCUCGGUCAGUGCCCGAGUUUCCAAAUGGUCAGUCCCCUGACUAUGGAGGUAUUGUUAAAAGAGAAGAGUACACACUAACAGAAAAUUGUGCAAAAAAUACCGCUUUCAAAGCGAUCAUACAUUAAUCUGAUCAUAAGUAUCAUAGCAU